AUGGCGUUACAAACCGUGUGGACUAUUUACAAUAGAAAAGAUCAUGUUUUAAUCGUGGAUUCUAACGAGGAAAAUUCAAACAAGUUUAAAAUUGAAUGCCUAGGCUCCGACAAAAGGGCCAACGACAGCGCUACAAUACGUACAAAUCAGCCAAUUCAUUUACAACAGGAGUUUUAUUUUGAAGUUACUAUUUCUAAUAAAGGAGGAAAUGGAAUCAUCGGAAUUGGAUUUUGUACAAAAGAUGCUAAUCUAAACCUGAUGCCAGAAAGUGGUAGAGAAGUCGCUAAACAAAAUCUAUUCGAAGAAGCAUUAACAAUGGCCACCAAAGAAGUAAAUGAAUUUAUCAACUUAGUAAAAGAAGGAGAUAUCUUCAAAGAAGAUUUCGACAUAAAUAAUUUAGAUGUAUUACCACUCUUGGCGGCUAUCAAAGAAAACUUCAGAACUAUGUUUGAAUCCCUCAUUGAAAAUCAAGAAAGCUUAGCCAUUAUUAAAGACUGGGUUGCAAAUGCAAUCAAAAAUUUCGAUCAAUUAACGAGAACAACUACAAUCAAUAAAAAGAUUUUCUCGAAUAUUUUAACCCUAUUAAAUAAAUUCCUUAUUGAAGAAUCAUGUGAAAUUAACAAAAACAAUACAACUUUCGAGCAUAUUUUAGAAAUAUUAAAGCUUGAAGCAGAUAAAUCGGCAGCCAACGUAACUAUGAGUAACGAACAAAUCUUAGAAGAAGCAGCCUUACAUGAUCUUACUGAAAUUUUAGCAAGUGUAGAUAUUAACAAUUAUGAAGAAGCUACAUUCAGAAAUUGGUGA